CUUCAGAGAGAAGAUUUAUUUUGUAAGAAAUGGCUUGCUGGUCUGCCGAGAAUGCCACCAAUGCGUACCUCCAAACCAUGAAAAUGGGAAAGAGUGCAAACGAGCCAAACGGCGCUGCAUUCAUCUCCGCUCUGGCGGCCGGCAACAACGCCCGGUUCACGGUGGUCGCCUGUGGCGGCCCGGCGGACUCCACCACCCUAGCCCUGGCGGCAGCCGCCCACCAAACCGGCGGGCGUAUUGUCUGCAUACUCCCCGACCAUCAAAAUUUCCGAGCCUCCCAGUUAGCUCUUGGGCAAAAUGCCGCCAACAUCGAGUUCGUUCACGGGGAUGCCAAAGAGCUCUUAUCAAGCCAGUACAAAGACUCGGACUUUGUGGCUGUUGACUGCAAACUCGAGAGCCAUGAGACCAUCAUAAGUGCCAUUCAGGAAAAAAUCGAGCACCAUCAUCACAAAAACUGCAUUGUUUUGGGGUACAAUGCGUUUUGCAAGGAGACAUGGAGGAACAGAGACUUGAAGACGCAGCUUCUGCCGAUAGGAGAAGGCCUGCUGAUGACGAAAAGCAAGAGAAGCACGAGUAAUUGGGUGGUGAGGGUGGAUAAAUGUACGGGGGAGGAGCAUGUUUUCCGGGUGAGAUCGUCUGAAGGGAGGUUCAUCAGAGCUUGAGUGUGCUGAUGGUGUGUACCGACUUUAGGUCUACCCCAAGACACUUUCCUUAUGUAUUCUACCUAAGUUAUCAAAUGUAACUGUAAAUAGUUAUUAU